AUGACAGCAAAAAAGGCCGAGGUCCGAAAUUUGAUUGAUGGGGAGCGAAUAACGUACAGACGGGAAAGGCCGACGCCGCCACCGCGAAGGGUCUCUCUAAAGUAUGAGGACAAUUACGAGACACGCCUAUACGACACGCCACGCCCUGUCAACGAAUACUAUGACAAAAAAGAGAGGGUCGAAAAUUAUAAAACUGAAAAUCAAUAUUUUAAAGAAGAAAAGUACGGUUACGACACACCCAAAGCCCCAAUGAGUCCCAAAUUUAACGCACGCGAACUCAGAGACGAUAACGAACCAAUAUACUCAACAUUACGUAAAUCUCCGUUGGAUGGUAUCGGUGAAACGUUCAGCGAACACCAGAAGUCCACCGAGGCCAUCCCCGGUGGGACUAAACACUCGGAAUACUCAAUCAAAAGCGAGUCCUAUCAGAGCUACCCCAAAACAGAAUACAUCAAAUCAUUUGCCACAUCGACACCGACCAAAUUCGACUUCAAACCCCUUGACGCCAAACAGGGCGACGUCGGGAAGAACUUUCUAGAAGAAACGACCACAGAGGUUAAAGAAAUCCCAAAUGGUACACAGAAGAUUACAACAACGAAGAUCUACAGCUCGUCACCGGUUAACCUCACAAGCACGAACACAAAGUACGAACCGAUCAAGCUGGACGGUAUAGACGAAUUGUCGAAAUUUGAAGAUUCUCGAUACAGUACACUCGAUUCACGAUACAAUGAAUCGAAGAGCGAUUCUAGUCGAUUCCUGCGGCCGUCGGAGUUCAGAGCAGAUGUUAAAAGGGAAAUGCUGAAGGAGAUUGAUGGAAUGGACAAGAAAUUCUCGAAACAAACCAUCACAUCCGAGAUGGUUGAGCGGAAAUCUGUAAUGACUAGCUCGCACAAGACGGAGUCCAGCUCGACAGUUACGAAGAAGUUUGGGAACUUUUAA